CCCCCUGCGCUGCCACCAACCGUCGAAGAGGCCUACCGGCGAAAAUGCAUCCAGCUCAAGGAGCGCUCGAAAGAGAUUGAGGACGAGAACGACGCGUAUAGACUGCGCCUUGCCAGAUUAAAGCGCCAGAUCCAGAAGUGCCGGCUCGAGCGUGCAUUCCUCUUGGAGCAGAUCGCCAAGCGCACCAGUACCAAUGUUGAGGAUUCAGAUGGCAGCCCUAGCCCGCCACCAACACCGGACAGCAAGCCCCUGCGGAUGAAGCGUGGCCACGGCCAGGGAGGACGCAAGUCCUCCAUGGGCCCAGACAGUGUCAGCGCGACGUUCAUCAGCCAAAACCUUGGCGGGCUCUCGCCAAGCUCGGAUGCCUACUCCCACUCGCAGCUGGACCCGCCCGUCGAGAAGGUGCGUGGUCGCAGAGCCAAUGGCCGCAGAGUCAAGAUGCCCAAGCGACCCAGUAACGCUUUCGAGAUCUACUGCAACGACAUGCGCCCAACCCUGCGCGAGCAAAACAAGGAGAAGAUCGAGUCUGGCGAAUUCCGCGUCGAGGAGGCGCUAGCGCGUGGCUGGAAGGAGCUGUCUGACGAGGCCAAGGAAGAGUUCCAGGCUCGCUUCGAGCACGACCUUGCAUCGUGGAAGGAGGAGCGCGAC